GUUACAAUACUUCUGGAUCUCAAAACUUUAAAGAUAGUUCACCAGCGCCUCCAUAAUCGCCGGAAUCUCCCCACUCUCUCUCUAACUUUCUCCGCCGCACCCCCUUCGAAAGCUAGUUCCCGUUUUAUUCUCCAACACCGUUAAACCUCUAUCAAUACCACUGUUUGUAGAGUCAUGGCUGAAGCUGAGGACCAGCAAAAUUUCGUCACAAACAACGGAGAUGAGGCACCAGAGCACUCCUUAAACGAUGUGCAUAACGGGUUACAGUACCAGGUCCAUGACGAAACACUCGGUCACCAACCCUACGAGGUUCAAGAUCCGGUUCUUGAACCUCAGGGCUACGAGGUCCAAGAUCCGGGACCGGAGCAGUACGCUGGUCAGUUAGAGUACAAUGAUUUCCAGGUGCAGGAGGAGGAUCAGGUUAACGAAGAGGUUCAAGAUCAGGCGCAGGGUGAGUUGCAGUAUCAGCCUAUAGAUCAGGAGGAGCAGUAUCAGUUGGAUGAGCAGAGUCAGUAUCAGGUGGAAGGUGAGGUGCAAGUUGGGGAUGGGGAUGAUGUGGAGGAGGAACAAGUUGGAGGCGAGGGAGGAGUUCCUGAGGAUGUUGGGGAUUUAAGGAAGGCGGAGGGUGAAGGAGAUGUGGUAGUUGGAGGUGAGGAGGAGGAGGAGAAGAGGUGGCCUGGGUGGCCGGGAGAGACGGUGUUUCGUAUGUUGGUUCCUGCGCAGAAAGUUGGUAGUAUUAUUGGUAGGAAAGGUGAUGUGAUUAAGAAGAUUGUUGAGGAGACGAGGGCUCGUAUUAAGAUUCUUGAUGGUCCUCCUGGCACUACCGAAAGAGCUGUUAUGGUUUCUGGAAAAGAAGAGCCUGAAUCAUCUCUACCUCCAUCUAUGGAUGGCCUUCUUAGAGUCCACAUGCGGAUAGUUGAUGGUCUGGAUGGUGAAGCUUCUCAGGCCCCUCCUCCUACAAAGGUUUCAACAAGAUUACUAGUUCCAGCGUCUCAGGCUGGAAGUUUGAUUGGAAAACAGGGAGCAACAGUUAAAGCCAUUCAAGAAGCAGCUGGUUGCAUAGUUAGAGUCCUCGGAUCAGAGGAUUUGCCUGUUUUUGCUCUUCAAGACGAUAGGGUUGUUGAAGUUGUGGGGGAACCAACAAGCGUUCAUAAAUCCUUGGAGCUGAUCGCAUCACAUCUCAGAAAGUUUUUGGUCGAUCGUAGCAUCAUCCCAUAUUUUGAAAGCCAGAUGCAAAAGCCAACUCGCCAGAUGGAUCAUAUGCCCCCGCAACACCAGGCCUGGGGUCCACCUCAAGGCCAUGCCCCAGGUGUUGGUGGAGGUCCUGGCUAUGGUCACAACCCACCUCCAUACAUGCAACAACCUCCAAGACAUGAUAAUUACUAUCCUCCUCCUGAGAUGCGUCAACCUCCAAUGGAGAAACAGCCUCAUCAAGGUAUAUCUGCUUAUGGAAGGGAGCCUCCUAUGAAUGUGCAUGUAUCAUCCGCCCCACCUAUGUCCGCUCAGCAAAUUACGCAGCAGAUGCAGAUCCAACUGUCUUACGCAGAUGCAGUGAUUGGGACUUCAGGUUCAAACAUAAGCUACACUCGUCGUCUUAGUGGAGCAACAGUAACCAUUCAGGAAACCAGAGGAGUACCUGGUGAGAUGACUGUUGAGGUUAGCGGAACUGGUUUACAAGUCCAGACCGCUAUUCAGCUUAUCCAGAACUUCAUGGCUGAAGCUGGAGCGCCAGCACCAGCACAACCGCAAACUGUAGCACCAGAGCAGCAAGGCUAUAACCCUUACGCAACCCAUGGCUCAGUCUAUGCAGCGGCUCCAACGAACCCGCCUGGAGGAUACACUACGGAUUACAGCUCAGGCUAUGGUUACUGAUCAAGGAUCAUUAUCAAGUUACUUUCGUUUAGAAUGUUUUACUAGUGACAAGCCAGAAUGAGAGAGUACGCUAGAUGAUAUGCCUAAUCGAGUAUAUGUUUUCAUAAGCGACCACCCUUGUUCUUUGCAAUCAGUUAUCAUUUGUUUUCCAGACAUUGUCGUUGUUGUUUACUUUUCACUCUUGUGUUUAUUAAUUUCAACCAGUAGUUUUGUUUGAUCCAAGUGUUCUCAAGAGAGAGCUAAUUUUAUUUGCUCUAAAACAUGUUUUGUACUCA